AUGAACCACCCUCAGCCAAAGAAACCAAGCUAUGAGCCCACUAAGGCAGCCUCACAGCCCAGUAGGCCUAAAGCUCAGCCCAGUAAGCCCAAUCCUCAGCCCAGGAAGCCAUCCUCACAGCCCAGUAAGCCCAAUCAGCCUUUUUCUCAGCCCACCAAACCAACACAUGAAGCCUCAAAGACCACCUGUCAGCCCGUAAAGACUCCCUUGCAGUCAACAAAACUCCACCCUCAACAAACCAAAAGCAACAGUCAGAGGAAGAAAGUCCCACAUCAUUCCAAAACAUCCUCUCAACCAGCCAAAACGCCAGAAAGUAAUAAGAAGAAAGGAAAUACCAGUGCAUGCAGAGUAACAAGAUCCGGAAGAACUGUAAGAGAAGGUCCCAUCCAGGAUGAAGAUUCUGACUCUCAUGACUCGUAUGAGAGUACUGAAGAUGAGUUGUACAAGCCUCCAAAGGUUGUAGGAGACAGUUUAUACAGCAGUGAAAGUGAUAGUGAUAGUGGAAAAGGCUCACAAAGAAAGCAAAAGCAAGCUGAAGCAAAGGAGAAGCAUAGGCCUCCUAAGUCUAGACUAGCAGAUAAAGAAAUUGACACUGAUGACUCAAGUUAUGAGGGUUUCGAAGAUGAAGAAACAGAUCAAUUGAUUGGUAGGCCACCUAAGUUGCAAGUGAUCAAAAGAAAAGCAAGGUCAAUUUCCUCCCCAAAGCAUAUUGCAACUGGAUCUGUGGCUGUUUCUGCUGAGACCAUUAAAGGGACAAGCUCCAGAACUGCUAAGCGGCUGGAAAAAUUCAUGACCUUUGUGCCUACUCCAGUCUUCAAGGCUCCAAGGAAGAAUGAUGAUAAAGUUUGA